AUGCACAACUGCUCAGCAGUGUGGGUCUGGGACGACUUCACGCCAUGUGCCCGGCACGUGUACAUCGAGCAGUACGUUUACGGGGCGUUUUUGGCGGUGGCGGUGGCAGUUUUGGCGGUGGAGACGGUGCGGUGUGCGAGGAGGAAGACCGGGCACCCGGUGAAGGUUGGCACGGAGGAGGAGCCGCUCGUGGGGGAGUCGGCGGUGCAGCCGGGGUAUACCGGGGAGGAGGAAGAAGAAGAAGAAGAAGAAGAAAGUAAAAAGUUGACGGCCUCGCAGAAACACUUCGACAUGAGCAAAAUCCGGCCGUACCGGGAGGACGGGCAGCCGAUGGGCAGCCGGCGGGUGGUGUUCCGGGGCCGGUGGGAGCGGGCGAAGGUGGUGGUGGACGAGGUGCUCGUGGUGGCCCGGGUGGGGCUGCAGAUGGCGGCGGUGGUGGACCCCGUGGUGGCCCGGGAGUGGCAGGCGUACCGCGGGGCGUUGUACGUGGGCACGGCGUACUGGGUGUUCAUUUUGGCGGUGACGUCGGCCCGGCUGGUGCACGUGUCACGCGGGGUGAGCCGGCGGGUGCCGGACUUGUGGUGGAUCACGUUUGUGCUGUACCAGGCGGGCUGGGUGGUCUCGACGGCUCUUUUCCGGAGCGCGGUGCUGGGCCACGCGGUGAACGGCCGGGCGAGGGCGUGGUACGCGGUGCAGUACGCGGUGGACACGGCGUUGGCGGUGAACAGUGGCACGUGCCGGUUCAGCGACCGGCCGGCGGUCGUCCUGGAGGAGCAAGGUGUGGAACCCUCGCCCGAGGUGCACUCGUGCUUCUUCAGCAUCGCCACGUACGCGUGGAUCGACCGCAUGAUCUUCGUGGCCAACCGGAGGCCCAUCUCCAUGAAUGACGUGUGGGGGUUGCGAUUCGACGAUUACGCGUACCCCGUGUUGAAGAGGUUCCACGAGACGGUGAGGUACCACCGGUUCGCACUCGACUUGUUCAACCAGUUCAAGUACUACUUGCUGUGGCAGGCCCUGUUGACGUCGGCGGAGGCGUUUGUGGUUUUCGUGCCGUCUGUUUUGUUGAAGCGGAUCUUGGAGUACGUGGAGUCACCGGAUGCGGUGCCCGGCAGCAUGGCCUGGCUGUACGUGGGGCUGAUGCUGGUGUCCGGCGUGGCCACCGCGGUGAUGGACGGCCGGGGGCUUUUCUUGGGCCGCCGGGUGUGCACGCGGAUGAAGGCCAUCAUCAUCGGGGAGAUCUACGCGAAGGCGUUACGGCGGCGGCUGACGGGGGACAGCGAGGAAGAGAAUGAGGAGGAGAAUGAGAAAGAUGGAGAGGACGAGAAAGACCCCUCGGUCACAAAAUCAAGAGACACCGGAUCCAUCAUCAACCUCAUGGCCGUGGAUGCCUUCAAGGUGUCCGGCGUGUGCGGGUACUUGCACUACUUCGUGAACUCGGUGGUGAUGACGGCGUUCGCGGUGUUCUUGCUCUACCGGUUGAUGGGCUGGCCGGCCCUCAUGGGCUCCCUGACCAUCAUCCUCCUUCUGCCCGUGAACUACCACUUGAGCAUGCGGCUCGGCCGGUACCAGAGCGAGAUGUUGAAGGUGACGGAUGCCCGGAUCCAGAAGUUGAACGAGACCUUCCAGAGCAUCCGCAUCAUCAAGUUCUUCUCGUGGGAGCGGAAGUUCGAGCACGACAUCCUGGGCAUCCGGGAGCGCGAGUUGGCCUGCUUGCGUAGCAGGUGCAUCGCCUGGGUCCUGGCCUCCUUCGUGUGGAUGGUCACCCCGACGGCUGUGUGCUUGGUGGCCUUCUACUGCUACACGGUGGUUCUCGGCCGGCCAUUGACCACCCCCGUGGCUUUCACCGCCUUGUCGCUCUUCAACCUCUUGCGUGCACCCUUGGACCAGUUCGCGGACAUGCUCUCGAACGUCGUGCAGUCCAAGGUGUCGCUUGACCGGAUCGAGGCCUUCUUGAACGAGCCCGAGUGCUCCAAGUAUGCCCAGCUCAGCCCGCAUGUUGCAUCUGGUCCCGAUUCCCCCGUCAUCGGCUUCCGGAACGCCACUUUCUCCUGGUCCUCCCACUCGAAGAACACCUUUCUGCUCCGUGACUUGUGCAUUGACUUCCGGCUCGGCCAAUUGAACGUCGUCAUCGGCCCCACGGGGUCGGGCAAGAGCUCCCUGUUAUUGGCUCUCUUGGGCGAGAUGGACCUCGUCCGGGGCCGCGUGUUUCUACCGGGCUCCACGCCACGUGACGAGCUCUGCCCCAACCCGGUCACCGGGCUCACCGAGUCCGUCGCCUACUGCUCGCAGACCCCCUGGUUGCUCAACGGCACCGUGCGGGACAACAUCCUCUUCGCCGCCCGCUACGACGCGGCCCGCUACCGGGCAGUGGUCCGGGCCUGCGGCCUCCACCGGGACCUCGCCAUAUUGCCGGCCGGAGACCUCACUGAGGUCGGCGAGAAGGGCGUCACGCUAUCAGGCGGCCAGAAGCAGCGGGUGUCCUUGGCCCGGGCCUUGUACUCCCAGGCUGCCUACGUGCUCUUGGACGAUUGCUUGUCUGCCGUCGAUUCCCACACUGCAGUCUACAUUUACGAGCAAUGCAUCACGGGGGAGCUCAUGGCCAACCGUACGUGCAUCUUGAUUUCCCACAACGUGUCUCUCACUGUUCGUCAGGCUGCCUGGGUUGUGGCCAUGGACAACGGCCGGGUUCGAACCCAGGGCACCGUUGACCAGCUUCUGGAGGACGGUGAGUUUGACGAUGAGACUGUUUCUAGUGUUAUGGCGUCACGGUCUAACUCGUGUGUUGAUCUUAGUAGGUGUGAUGUAGGUGAUGGGGCUGAUGCAGCUGAUAUAGCUAUUACAGCUGCUAAGGGAGCUACUGAUAUACCUAAUACAGCUGCUAAAGGAGCUACUGAUAUAGCUGAUACAGCUACACAGAAUACUCAAAAUAUACAAAACACCCCCCCAAAACUCAUCGAGGAAGAAACUAAGUCCGACGGUGCCGUCAGCCUCUCCGUCUAUAAAGCUUACUUCCACUUCUUCGGCACUAAACGAACCUGGCUGCUCUUGUUCAUCGCCUUCGUCGGCUCCCAGAUCGUCUACGUCCUCCAAUCCUACUGGCUUAGAGUCUGGUCGAUGGCCGAGUCGAAACGCGCCGCUUCGGUGGUCCACACGUUGCUUGCUGCCGGCGUGCGUCAAUCGACGCGUCUGCUUCACUCCGUCGCGUCGAUCGACUGGCACCGCCCCCUCGUCGCCUCGCCCCUCUCUGUACACAUCUACUCCACCACCACCACCACCACCCCCCACUCCAGCAUGUACUAUAUCGCCAUCUACACGGUCAUCGGCUCCGUGUACUCGGCACUCGGCUCGCUGAGGAUCAUCAUCACGUUUUUCUGCAACAUCCGGGUGUCCAGGCAGAUGUUCCGGCUUCUAUUGGACCGCGUUCUGCGUGCCAAGCUCCGCUUUUUCGACUCCACACCGCAGGGACGGCUCAUGAAUCGGUUCUCGAAGGAUAUCGAGGGCAUAGACCAGGAGUUGGGCCCCGUCAUGGAGGGUGCAGUGGUCAUGCUGAUAUCCUGCAUCUCUACAAUCGUCGUCAUCACGUUGAUCACACCGGCAUUCAUCGUGUUUGCCGUGGUCAUCCUGAUCCUGUACACGCGGGUCGGCACGUACUACUUGAACCUCUCGCGGGACUUGAAGCGGUACGAAUCCAUCACACGGUCUCCUAUCCACCAGCAUUUCACAGAAACACUAAACGGCGUGGCAACCAUCCGUGCAUACUGCGAUGAGAGCCGGUUCAUGGUCCAGAACAUGCUCCGGAUUGACACCAACAACCGACCCUUCUUCUACGUGUGGUUGAACAACCGCUGGUUGGCAAUGAGGGCCGACAUCAUUGGUUCUGCAGUCUCUUUCCUCUCUGCCGCCUUGGCAGUUGCUGCUGCCCGCAAUAUCGACUCUGGUCUGGCCGGUAUCUCUCUCUCUUUCGCCGUCACUUUCAACGACAGUGCUCUCUGGCUCAUGCGAACAUACGCUGAGGUGGAGAUCAACAUGAAUUCCGUCGAAAGAAUCCAGGAGUACAUCGAGGGAACCGACCAGGAGCCGCCGGCACACACGGAACACGACCCGCCGGCAUCCUGGCCCGAAAACGGCCACAUCCAGGUCCACGACUUGUCCAUCAGGUACGCCCCGGGACUCCCCAAAGUGCUAGAUGGGGUUUCCUUCGAUGUCCGGGCCGCGGAGAAGAUCGGAAUCGUCGGCCGGACCGGAGCAGGCAAAUCUACCAUCAUCCAGUCCUUCUUCCGGUUUGUCGACCCGGACUCGGGCUUCAUCAAGAUCGAUGGCAUCGACAUCUGCUCGAUUGGUCUUUCUCCACUUCGCAGAGGCUUGACCAUCAUCCCACAGGACCCAACCUUGUUUGCCGGCACCUUGAGGUCCAACUUGGACAUCUACGGCCAGUACUCGGACGCAGACAUGUACCAGUCGCUCCGCCGGGUUAACUUGAUUUCCAACUCCGAGUACUCGCUCUUGGCUGGCACUAGGGGUGUCGUUACCGACUCCGGUGUCAAUAAAAACAAGUUUUUCGACUUGGACGGCCUGAUCGCCGAGGGUGGCUCCAACUUGUCCCAGGGUGAGAGGCAGUUGGUCUGUUUGGCCAGGGCCUUGCUCAAAUCUCCCAAGAUAUUGAUGCUAGACGAGGCCACUGCCUCCAUAGACUACGAUUCCGAUGCAAAGCUCCAGAACACCAUUCGUGAGGAGUUUUCCACCAGCACCAUCAUCACAAUUGCACACAGACUCAAGACUAUCAUCGACUACGACCGUAUCUUGGUCUUGGAUGCUGGAAUGGUCAAGGAGUUCGAUUCUCCCUAUGCCUUGAUCCAAAACCACGACUCGCAGUUCCGGUCCAUGUGCGUCGACACUGGCGAGUUUGAUGAGCUUGCCAGACUUGCCAAGGAGGCGUUUGUUGCAGCAGGGGGGAGUAAUUAG